UGCGUGGCGUUCGGCUCUUUCCGGCAAUCACGUCGAUGAACUCGUCCAAAAAUAAUGACGUCACAGGGAUUUUCCGAGUAGGUUUCUCAUAUAGAUGAGUCAUCCAGAAGCAAUGAACAUCAGUACCGAAUACGAUUUCCUAUAAGCUCGCGUUGAUUGCUUACCGGUGGACUCAAACUGAGGGAUCUGAUACUAGAAGAACCACACGUAAACAGCCGAGAGGGAGGAGAGGGAAGGGCUAAACGAUUUCGGCCACUUUUCAAGAUGGCGGCUCCUGAAAAGCCAAGUGGUAAUCAAGAAUUACGGAAAAAGCUGCUGAUCAGUUUUACACCAGAAAACAACAGACCGCCACAGCCACAGACUCAGAUGCCAAUAUCCCAACUGGACUUAUUAGGGUACCAAACACAGAGGGAACGAAUGAAUGUUAGAUCACACAUGUUGCAGACAACAGGAAAAUUACAAAUAGGAGAUAAAACAUACGAUUUUACCGCCGAUGAUUUAAAAGAAUUAACUGAAAUAGGAAGAGGAAACUAUGGCUAUGUCACAAAAAUGGUCCACGAGGUUAGCAGUACUGUGAUGGCUGUCAAGCGAAUACGUUCCACAGUAGACGAACGGGAACAGAAACAGCUGUUGAUGGAUCUGGAGGUUGUCAUGCGGAGUAACGACUGUCCAUUUAUUGUACAAUUUUAUGGAGCCCUUUUUAAAGAGGGUGAUUGUUGGAUAUGUAUGGAAGUGAUGGAUAUUUCCUUAGACAAAUUUUAUAAAUACAUUUACUGUGUCGUGUUCAGUUCAAUACCAGAGGACAUCUUAGGGAAAAUUACCGUUGCGACUGUGAAAGCUUUGAAUUAUUUAAAAGAAUAUUUGAAGAUCAUACAUAGAGAUGUAAAACCUUCCAACAUAAUGUUAGACCGUAAAGGCAACAUCAAACUCUGUGAUUUUGGUAUCAGUGGACAGCUGGUGGACUCAAUAGCCAAGAGUCGAGAUGCUGGCUGUCGGCCAUACAUGGCGCCAGAGAGAAUAGAUCCAAGAGCGUCCAGUAAAGGUUACGACAUUCGCUCAGAUGUCUGGAGUCUGGGUAUCACACUGAUGGAGCUGGCCACCGGGAAGUUUCCGUACCCAAAGUGGAACAGUGUAUUUGACCAGUUAACACAAGUGGUACAAGGCCCCCCUCCCCAACUCAAAGGCACAGAGGGCAAGUUCUCCGAGGAUUUUGUCAAUUUCCUCAACACAUGUCUAACCAAGGAUGAAAAGGAGAGACCAAAAUAUAACAAAUUAAUUGAGCAUCCUUUUAUAAAGCGUUACGAGGAGUUGGAAGUUGAUGUAGCAAGUUAUGUCUGUAGUAUACAAGACCAAAUGAGGGAUAGCUCUCAUGAAACAGACCAACAGUAUGCAUUUUCCUUCUCGUGAUAAUGGGCCAAGCCUUUGGACACACAAACAGACACUUUGACUCGCAGGGUGCGUACGGCUCUGAUGUACGCCUACGAAUACACAGAGUAAACCAGUCUGCUGUGUCCGCCCACCCAUGUUGUGGUAUCCAGUAGACGGGCUUAUUGUUCUAUAGCUGUGGCUAUAUUUAGUUGGACAGAACACUGGAAGUUUAGUGUUAUAAUCCGUGACUACAGUCAGUGAGUGAGAGUGGAUAGACUAUCACCUAUGCAGAUUUUUUACAACAAAUUGCAAAAUGCAGGAGAGGCUGUUCCUUCACACAAUAUGCAUGCUCUUAUAGAUCAUUUUUUUCUAUCACAGGAGAAACUGUUGAUUCACAAAUCAUGCAAACAUUUUUACUCUUCACCUAACUUGUACAUUCUAACAAAUAGUAUCACAAUUUGUUGGUAUAGAGGACUGCAUUUUAGCGAUCAGAUUCAAACAAAGUGGUGACAUUAAUAAGAUCAAAGGUUUUAAAAAAGAAAUCCUGUUCAUUUUCAAGGCUGGUACAGAAUCCCAAUUCCUCCACAAAAUCUCAUAUUAAACUAUUAAUUGAUACUACUUUCAAAGCAUUUGUGAGGACAGGGAACAGCUUCCAAUUUGUUGAUUGAUUGCUGAGCUAAACAAAGUUGCAAUUAUUUAAUUGUCAUUUAAGUGAGAGAGGAGAAAACAUUUGUUUACUUUUGACUUUAAUAAGAGAGAAGCAAACAAUCUUGUUUUCCUGUUUGUUUAACAUGAGUGAAGAAAUACGGCUAAUGAGUCCUAGAAAAUUUCAUGAUAUGCAUGUAUGAACUGUAAUUGCAGUAUUUUAGAGCUCUUCACCAUGAUGCCAUUGUAGGUUCUUACGUUCCACAUGAGCCUGUAGCCAUCAGACAUUUGGUGAUGGGGUUAUAGUGUUUUGUAUUGUUGCUAAAAUGAUGUGUGUGGAUGUGAGCAUGUGGGCAUGAAUUCUGUCUUGACACUAUCACUGUGGAGAUUAGUGAGUAAUCUCACCUUUUAAAGUACUUGGUGAUAUUCUUUGCUAUUCAUAGACAGCAAUACACAGACAGUUUAAUUUCUAUAAGGGAAAUUGUAUUGUUAAAACUGUUAAAAGAAUGCCUUGUAUUGUACAUGCAUAUUAUUUAUUGUAGUAUAUAAUUUGAAGAUGCAGCAGGAAGGAUUAUAAAACAGUACAAAGCUGACCUUGUUUAGGUUACACCAUAGGGAGUAUUUAUAAAACAGCUGAUUUAGUUUAGGUUACACUACAGGGAUGGCAGUAAAAACAGUACACAGCUGAUUUAGUUUAGGUUACACUACAGGGAUGGCAGUAAAAACAGUACACAGCUGAUUUAGUUUAGGUUACACUACAGGGAUGGCAGUAAAGACAGUACACAGCUGGUUUAGUUGAGGUUACAUUACAGGGAUAGCAGUAAAGACAGUACACAGCUGAUUAAGUUUAGGUUACACUACAGGGAUGGCAGUAAAGACAGUACACAGCUGACCUAAUUUAGGUUAUACUACAGGGAGGGCAGUAUAAAACAGUACACAGCUGACCUUGUUAAGGUUACACUACAACAGGGAGUGAGGGCACUCAGGGCAGUAUAAAACAGUACACAGCUGAUCUAGUUUAGGUUACACCACAGGGAGUGCAGUAUAAACCAGUAAAUAACUGACCUAUUUGAGGUUACACUACAGGGAGGGCAGCAUAAAACAGUACAUAGCUGACCUUGUUAAGGUUACACACAAGUUAUAUCAGAACAUCGAAUGUCUCGGUGAAUCAGUUAGCAAUAAAGGAGAUGUGUGUGAUUUUAAUAAGAAAUUGUGUUGUUUUAAAUCUAAAUGAUGCAUAUAAUGGAUCUGAAUUGAACAAAGAAUGACUUAAAUAUUCCAGUACAAAAUUGACAAGAUUAUUUUUUUAUGUACAAUGAUUAGUAAUUUGUGUCGUUUUGAAGGUAUCAACUUUAGAAAUGUAUAUUGGUUAAUAGUCUGCUGUUUAGACAUUUGUAUACCAUGUAUUCCUAUCGUAAUGUGUAAAUGGUAUCAGAUUAUGUGGACUAUACUGAACUGAUCACCUAACUUUCCUUAUUUAAAGUUUCAAGUUAAAAAAAAUGUAAAUAUAUUUCUUUAAAUCUAAUAAUGUUGUGAUGUUUUGCUGUACUACAGUUUGAAAAUUAAUUCAAAAUAUAUAUUUGGUGGUUCAGUGAUGUUAAAAGCUGAUUAGAUGAAAUCAGAUCAAUGGAAAUGAUUAUAAAUCUAACCAAACGGGGCAUAUUUUGUCACGAAACAAAAUUCUUUAUUUGAUCAUAAUGUACAUCUUGCUAAAAAUUGCUCUGCAACCAUUUCAAGUAACCUUUUGCAGUUCAAAAUGGGAAUUUUUUAAAAACCAUUAAAUUAUAAAAUUAGUUGUACUACUGUAUCUACUGACUUAAUGUAAAACUAAUAUGUGCCGGUUUAAGACUGUUCCUCCAAGAGGUCUGGGUGGAGUACUAGUUUUUAUCACAUUUAUAGUGUGAUGUUUUUUAUGUCAAAAUAUGGUGUGUAAUAUCUAAAAGAAUCAGUGGCAUCAGUAUAUGUGCAUGUUUCAAAACAUUUUCCAUUUAACUUUACCUUCUCAAAUAGACCUCUUGCUGUAUUGAAGGGGUUGUUUGAGAGGGUGUUAUAUUCCAUUAAACUGUUGGGGUGUCAAUCUUGACAUUGAGCAAUGAUCUGUGUGUUGAGCAGAUGUGGGUGUGUUCCCUGUGAGCAUGAAUGAUGUAUGAUGAACCAAAGUUGGCAUGCCCCGUAAUCCGCUGUAGUACGUGUAUACCAUGGUAUCAUCAUGCCCCGUAAUCCGCUGUAGUACGUGUAUACCAUGGUAUCAUCAUGCCCCGUAAUCCGCUGUAGUACGUGUAUACCAUGGUAUCAUCAUGCCCCGUAAUCCGCUGUAGUACGUGUAUACCAUGGUAUCAUCAUGCCCCGUAAUCCGCUGUAGUACGUGUAUACCAUGGUAUCAUCAUGCCCCGUAAUCCGCUGUAGUACGUGUAUACCAUGGUAUCAUCAUGCCCCGUAAUCCGCUGUAGUACGUGUAUACCAUGGUAUCAUCAUGCCCCGUAAUCCGCUGUAGUACGUGUAUACCAUGGUAUCAUGUAGCUGUGAUAGGAGUGCGAGUUGCUGUGGAUACAUCCUUUGAAACUUCAGCAGACAUCUGCAGCGUGAUGAGUCUGAGUCAGCUGUUGGUAAACCUCUUUGUAACAUUUGGCAGUGGAUCUGUUUUCUGAGCGUCUGGGGACCUAUUCUUAUCAACAUUGAGCAGAUAACUGUUAUGUGGUGAGAAAUUGUAGAAGUGUUCCUUAUGAUAUUAAAAACAGAUCUGUUUAUUGACAGACUGUGGGUAUGUCUCUGGUAGCAGUGAGCAGGGAUCUAUACACAUGCUCAUCUAUACACAUGCUCCUUACAUCAUGCAGUGUUGUGUGAUGAACAGCAAUAUCAAACCAUUCAUGUUUUCCUGUGCACCAUCGCACAAAAUGCAUGCCUUUGUGGUGUGUUCUUUGUGAAGUGAUCGGAGGGGCUUCUGACACCGAGUAGUGAUUUGCUGUGUAUUGAAACAAUAUGGUAGUGAUCUGGUUUGAAGAGCACAGCCUUUUGACACUUAUCAGUGACCUGCUGUGGGGUUAGUAGCUCAUUUGGGCAUGCCUUCCAUGUUGUUCAAGAUGCAUGUGGACGUGAGAGUAAAGAUGUAUUUGGAUGCUAAUUGAUUUUGUAUGUGGCUGCAUUAGAUGGAUUUUUUUAUGCUGAUAAACAGGUUAUUAUGCCAAUUUAAUACUACUAUGAUACAUGUAUGCAAUUUUUUUUAAUUAUUGUAUAACUUUGAAUAUUAUAACCAUAUCUAUACCAUGACACAGUAAGACAAAGACUUGAAAUAUUUUCUCGGUGUGGAAAAUGUUCUUUAUUGGAUAAGCCCUUUUUGCACUUAGUCAUAAUGAGUUAAUAACAAGUAGGAUUUUAGCGUGGAAUCUUGUGAAAUAAUCCUGUUUGUACUGUAUAUGAUCUGUAUUCUGAGCAGGAAACCAAUAAAUCAGCACACACAGAAACUGUUUGAAAGUUCACAAAAGGGCAGCAUAAUUACCAUAUUACCCUUUGUUAAGAGCUGUCUUGGUCAGUGUCCGUGUCCUUUCUCCAUACAGGACCUAACCUCUGGUUCAAUCUGAUAAUCUCAAUCAUAUGAUUAACACUUUAUAUAGCCAUGAUUACAAAUCAGUGUCUCCUCACAUAUCUUUAUAAUGCUGAAAGAUUUAAUUUCCACCUUUGACCCCAUUGGUCAAGGUCAUUUGUUUUUUUCACAAGUUUUGUAAGCAUUCUGUUACAAUGAAAUUUCUAGCUACAUAGUGCUGAGACUGGUCACUAUGUUGUAACUAUUUCUAUCUUCUCAAUAUAAUGUUAUUUAGCUACAAAGUGCUUUACCUAAUUACAUUACAUUGUUAAUGAUUUAUUUGUGCAAAGAAACAUGAUGGUUGAUUGUUAAUACAAAAUUAAAUGAAAUGCAGAAACAA